AUGUACGCCUCUGCUGUCUUUCUUGCCCUUGCCGGCGCCGCUAGCAUUCUUGCUGCCCCUGUAUCCGACAGUCCUGCCGUUCAAGCAGCAGCAGCAGCUGCAGCCGCAGCUCCAGCCGUUCCUCUCGGCAGCUGCCCAACUUGGGGUGGCAUUUAUGGUGCCGCUGGCGUUAAUUCCUGCUGCGUAUACAGCGGUGGUCCCACAACGUGCUGCUUCAAUGACAGGCCAAAUAGCGUAUACCUCCCCGAGGUGAAUUACACGUACCAAUCUUGCCAGUCCAUCUGGUUCGCCACCCCGGACAAUUUUCUCACAUUCAACAAGUGCAAUUGGCCCGGCAGUAAAGGCGACGGUCCUUGCGCUGGUGUCCCUCAGGUCACGGGAGACCACACAUCGUCCUAG